UCAGAGGUAAUUAAGAACAGUGUAGAUAUUGCAACAGAACCCAUAAGAAUAUACCUGCUGAACACAGUCCAGGAAGAUCUGAAUAAUGAAGGAACGGUUAGAAUAUACAUAAUUGGAAAAAAGGACUCCCAAAAAAGGAACAGGACAAUCCUGAUCGUAGGAGAAACAGGAACAGGGAAGUCUUCGAUCAUUAAUAUGGUGGUCAACUACAUGCUGGGUGUAAAGUGGGAAGACAAGAUCAGGUUUGAAAUCAUUCCAGAUGAAGGCACCAUACGCCAGACUGAAUCUCAGACCAUUGCGAUUACUGCAUAUGAGGUUUUUGGACUGGAGGAACUGUCUGUUCCUUUUUCCCUCACAGUCAUUGAUACACCAGGAUAUGGAGACACGGGUGGGCUUGAGAAAGAUCAAAGUAUUUCUCAGAAUCUGUACAAGUUAUUCAAUUCCACAAGGGGCAUUCAACAAAUAGAUGUAGUUUGCCUUGUGGUGAAGGCAACUGAAAAUCGCCUCACUCCCAGCCAGAAGUACAUCUUUGAUGCCAUCCUGUCCCUCUUCGGGAAGAACAUGGAGAAAAACAUCCUGACUCUCAUCACCUUCUCAGACUGGUUGAUGCCUUCAGAAGCUCUUGAGGCAAUUACUGAGUCUGGUUUCCCUUUUCCAAAAAAUGAAAACAAUGAACCUGCUCACAUCCUGUUCAACAACAUUUCUUCAAGGAAAUAUCAGAAGAAAUGUGAAAACGUAUAUAAAACGAGCUGGGAUAACGGAAUUGACAGCAUGAGGGAGUUCUUCCAGACUUUGUAUCGAAUGGAAACUUAAAGCUUGAGGAUGACUGAAAAUGUCUUGAAGGAACGUACGAGACUGGAAGCUUGUAUCCAGAGCUGUGAGAGUCAGAUCGAGGUCGUGGAGAUGAAGCUCAAAGCACUUGAGAAAGUUAAGAAAACUCUGG